AUGGCCAGAGUGCGGUUGAAGCUGCCAGCAGACUUUAUCUGGGGUGUCUCUAGCAGUUCUUGGCAGAUAGAGGGCGGCCUUCAACUGGAAGGUCGCGGUCCUAGUGUCUUAGACACUAUCGGCAAUGUGUUGUCGCCGGAGGCCGCUGAUAGGAGCGACGCCAACGUAGCGAAUAUGCACUACUUCAUGUACGAGCAAGACAUCGCCAGAUUAGCAGCUGCGGGAAUACCGUAUUACUCAUUCUCGCUGUCUUGGCCGCGCAUAGUACCCUUUGGUGUGGCUGGCUCACCCGUCAACACCCAGGGUCUGGACCACUACGACGAUCUCAUCAACACCUGCAUAAAAUAUGGUGUUACACCGAUCGUCACUUUAAACCAUGUCGACGCGCCUACCGCCGUCCAGGCAGACCUGGACUCGCUGCCCGAGCAUUUCCUCUACUACGCCAAAAUAGUUAUGACCAGAUACGCGGACCGAGUCCCGUACUGGGUGACAUUCAACGAACCCAACAUCGGUGUGGGCACUUUAUUCCAAAAGUACCAAGACCUGACAAGUGCACUUAUCGCCCAUGCAGACGUGUACGACUGGUACAAGAACACACUGGGCGGAACAGGCAAGAUCACGAUGAAAUUCGCCAACAAUCUAGCCAUGCCCCUGGACACACAAGACUCCUCGCACAUUGCAGCAGCAUCCAGAUACCAAGACAUCCUGUUGGGGAUAAUGUCGAACCCACUCUUCUUAGGAAAACAGUAUCCAGACGCAGCCAUAGACACAGUGGACAUGAUGCAGCCGCUCACAGACGACCAAAUCAAGCAUAUCCACGGCAAGAUCGACUUCUGGUCCUUCGACCCCUACACGGCCCAAUACGCGUCUCCAUUGCCACAAGGCACGGAAGCCUGCGCUUCCAACUCCUCCGACCCCUUCUGGCCCACCUGCGUAAUACUAAGCAACGUCCAAGCCAACGGGUGGCUAAUGGGUCAAGCGUCAAAUGCCUACGCGUACCUUGCGCCGCAGUACGUUCGCCAGCAACUGGGUUAUAUCUGGAAUACGUUCCGUCCGUCGGGUAUUCUGAUCGCGGAAUACGGGUUCAACCCAUUCCUUGAGUCGAAUAGAACUCUUGAUGCACAGCGGUAUGACCUGGAGCGGACGCUAUACUAUCAGGAUUUCCUUACGGAGACUUUGAAGGCCAUCCACGAGGAUAAUGUUAAUGUCAUAGGAGCACUCGCGUGGAGUAUAGCUGAUAACAAUGAGUUUGGGAGCUAUGAGGAGCAGUAUGGGCUGCAGACUGUUAAUCGGACGAAUGGGAAGUUUACGAGGACGUAUAAGCGGAGUCUGUUUGAUUAUGUCGAUUUCUUUCAUAGGCAUGUCCAGUCUGCGUGA